CACUGUCAUUAAAAUUUCCAAAUUUUACAGCUUUAGUUAGCGUCAAAUUUUGUUGUAUUUUGUUCGGUUUCUAGAAGUCUCAAUAAAAUCGAUAUCAACAAAAACCAAAUUUUAGGAAAUAAGAAUUUCUAACCAUGGAUGUUAAAGAGUGCAACGAUUUAACAGAAGAAAAUCAAUUCAUCGUGGACGAUGUAAGUAAAAUUAUAAAAGAGGCAAUUGAAAAUUCUAUCGGAGGAACGGCGUAUCAGCACAAUAAAGUAAAUCAGUGGACAUCCGCGGUUGUAGAAUCGUGUUUAGGCCAACUUACAAAGCUUCAAAAACCAUACAAAUAUAUUGUGACCUGUACAAUUAUGCAAAAGAAUGGUGCAGGUCUGCACACUGCUUCAUCCUGUUUCUGGGACAACAAUACAGAUGGUUCAUGCACUGUUCGCUGGGAAAAUAAAACCAUGUACUGCAUUGUAUCUGUUUUCGGCCUUGGAAUCUAGAUGUAAAAUUGACUUGCUUGUAUAUUUAUCCGUCAUUGCACACAAUUUUUCCUUAUAAAAUAUUGCUAUCAGUAUUGUGUUGGAUAAUUUAAACUCACUUAAGUAUCAAAAAUAAUAUUAAAACUAUGAAAUAGAUGGCAUCAUAUAAUAAAGUGCUUUUCAAUGAAAAUGUUUGUUUGGUAUAUUUUACUUUAUAUAAAAUCUAAAUUAAGUUCUUUACUUAAUUAUAGUAACUAGGAUAUAUUUUCGUAUCCAAUAAAUCUAAUUAUUUAAAACCC